AUGUCUCCUCCUGAAUUAUGUCCCAUUGCGAUUGUCGGCAUUGCCGCAGAACUUCCUAGCGGAGCGUUCAGUUCGGUGAACCUCGACCACAAGGCAUUCUUCGAGUUCCUACUAGCCGGGGGAGAAGCCUAUGAGAAGAUACCCAUUGAUCGCUUCAACAUCCAUGCGAUCAAGGGCAACGGUGUUGGCCAGAUUGUUACAGACACUGGCGCAUUCUUGAAGGACAUCAGCUUGUUUGAUCACGUGGAGUUUGGGAUCACUAGCAAGGACGCACGGCUGAUGCCGCUGGGUACUCGUAAAUUGAUUGAGACGACGUUUCUUGCUUUGCUGGAUUCUGGUAUCGACUACCGGGGCGGCAAUGUCGGCUGUUACAUGUCCGGGACUGCGCAGGACGUGUUUUCGGUAUCUGGUCAUGACGACGCCGAGGUCCGAGGGUCGUUUGCGUUCAGUCCGUCGAUGGUCGCCAAUCGUGUUUCCUACCACCUCGAUCUCCGCGGGCCCUCUCUUCCUCUCGACACCGCUUGCAGCUCGAGUUUGUACGCCACCCACCUUGCCGUACAGGCCCUGCGAAAUGGCGAGUGUGAGGCGGCUGUCGUUGGAGGUGCCCAACUCAACCACAGGUUCUCCGAGUGGAUGCUAUAUACCCAAGGCGGCGUCCUCUCGCGCGAUGGAAAGUGCAAGCCGUUCGAUGCAUCCGCAGAUGGCUUCGGACGCGGAGAGGGCGUUGUCUCUAUUGUCCUCAAGCCCCUCGAAGCCGCUCUCCGCGACAAUGACAGAAUAUACGCGAAUAUCCUCGGGACGGGAGUGAAUUCGUCCGGGUCCCUCGCCCCUGUGAACGCGCCUGUUGCGUCCGCACAGCGGGACGCAAUGAUCCGCGCAUUCCGCAUGGCAGGUCGUUCUCCCAAGGAAGUAGACUUCAUCGAGUUGCACGCAACAGGCACCGCCACCGGAGACCCGACCGAAGCGAACUGGGUCGGCGCUGAAUUCCAGCGCGAUGAUGAGCUCGUCAUUGGUUCUGUCAAGGGUAACAUUGGACACUUAGAGAUCACUGCGUUCCUGGCGUCGCUGAGCAAAGUCUGCUCUAUACUGGAGACACGUCAGGUUCCUCCCACGGUCAACUUCAAGAACUCAAACCAGAAGAUCCGCUGGACGGAGUACGGCUUCCGUGUUCCUGUCGAGACGGAGGUGCUCCGGUGUCGUGCGGAGUCAGGCAGCCCCCUCAUCGCGAUGACGAGUUCGGGGAUCGGUGGUGCGAAUGGACAUGUUGUCGUCGAGGGCGCCCCCUCCCUGACUGAGAUCCCUUCGACGUUCUGGUGCGGAGAUGCUAUCGCGCUGCUCAUCUCUGCGGGCCUCUCCCCGCGCUCGGUGGCGGCGCUGAAUGAGUCGCUGAACCAGCUUGAUGGGAAGUAUGUGGACUACAGUGCGGUCUCGCGCGCUUUGGGACGUCGCGCUCGGUCCAUGACCUGGCGUUCGUACGCUGUCGUCGCCAACGGUUGUGUGUCGCGCUUCAGCGAGCCAGUCCUCGCGCCGAAGGGCAUUUCUCCGAUAGUGUUUGUGCUCUCGGGGCAAGGUCCCCAGCAUUGGAACAUGGGCCGCGAUCUCUACGAGAGUUGCGCCGUCUUCCGCACCACUAUCAAUGAACUCGACCAGGUCUAUCUGUCUACCACUGGCCAGUCGCUCGUCAGCGAUAUAGGCCUCUUCGCCAAUUCUUUCAUCGGAAGCGACUCCCUUGGCGCCGUGUGGCCGAUCGCCAUUACUCUCCCUUCGCUCACUAUGCUUCAGCUAGCUCUGAUUGACACACUGGCUGCGCUGGGCAUCAAACCCAAUGCCGUCGUUGGCCAUUCUGCUGGUGAAGUGGCGCUGUUGUAUGCCAGCGGCGCAGGAUCGAAGGCUCUGGCGCUCGAGCUAGCUAUCGCCCGCGGCAAGGCAAUGUCUUUGUUGGAGAAGGAAGACGGCACGAUGGCAGCGCUCGCAUGUUCUCCGAAAGAAGCGGAGUUGAUCGUCGCUCAGGUCGCAGCAGAGUUCGGCGACGGGGUACUCGAGAUCGGGUGCUACAACUCGCCCGACGCAGUGACGCUCUCCGGUGCGACCGGCCACAUCGAGAAAGCGGUCGAGAAGGCAAAGAAGGCGGGAGUGUUUGCCACCAAGCUGCGUACGCGCAUCCCUGUGCACUCGGGAAUGAUGGAGCUAUGUGCCGAGGACUACAAACGCCGCGUGGGCGAGAUCUUCCCGAAUUACAAAGUCACAAAGCCGACGGUUGAGACGUACUCGACGCUGACGGGGGCGCCGUGGGAUGAAGCAUUCAGUGCGGAAUACUUCUGGGACAACACACGUGGUCCGGUGCAGUUCACGUCCGCGAUGCAGGCACUACUCAAGUGCCAAGCAAACGCGACUUUCAUUGAGCUAGGCCCUCACCCCGUGCUUGCUAGCUACAUCUCUGCCAUGGCGGGCAGCAAUGCCCUCGUGACCUGCCCGGUUCGCCGCCCGAAGUCCUCCGAGAACCCACAAGGUGUAGAGGUACAAACUUUCAUGGACUCGAUUGGCAAGCUCGUCGCUGCCGGACAUACUGUCGACUUCGACGCGCUGUGCGGAGUGGUCGGUCAAAAAGGCGAAGUCAUUCCACCGUUCCCAUUCGCUCGGAAGGAGGUCCCAUAUCACGCUCAGACGUUUGAGGUCACACGACAGCACCAACACCGGAAUGGGCCUCUCAAUUACCCGCAGCUACGCAUCAACACGAAGACGCACCCCGAGCUAGCCGAACACGUCAUCAAGGAGGAGCCAAUUAUGCCUGCCGCAGGUUACCUCGAGAUGGCGCUAGAGUUCGGUGCGAAGCGGCUCUGGGACGUCGAAUUCAUGUCAAUUCUAUCGCUCUCAUCUGAGAAGCCGACCCCCGUCGAUAUCAAGUUGGAUGGAUCAAAGUGGAGCGUGCACAGUGCAUCUGCAUCAGAGUUCACCAAGACGUGGCCGCCCAACUAUAACCGCAUCCAUGCAAAAGGCCGUUUGUCGAUGACCAACGACAGUGAGCCAUUAUCACUUGUCGAUGUCGCCGAAAUUCGCUCGCGGAUGAAACCAAUCGAAAUGAGAGCGUUUUACGAUGGCUUUUCGUUUGCCCAAUAUGGUGCCACCUACCAGCGGAUUGUCUCCAGUGGUCGUGGUUAUGACAAGCAGGGACGAGAGGAGAUUUUGGUGGAGGUUCGCGGCGCCGAUAGUGAUCUUGGAGACAUCUCAAACUACAUUCUGCACCCUGCUAUCCUCGACUCGGCUCUUCACAUCCUUGUUCAUCCUGCUAUCACCGGUAACCGGGACAAAGGCAGGUAUUACCUUCCAGCGAAGAUCGGCACUUUCGCUGUGCACGCCCCGCUGCUCAAGAAGCCUUUCCCGUCUAAGGUUUUCACUCACGCAACGUUCGUGAAGUGGACUCCUGAAUCAUUGAUAUACGACUUCGAGGUGGUCACUGAAGCUGGGGAACAACUUUGUACCAUCACGGAUCUCGAGGUUGCCUUGCACGGAAAGACGGCGAUGGACAUCGAUACUCGCUAUGAGCUCGCGCUAGCUCCGACAGACCUUCGAGUGGCACGUCUCGACGGCAUUGCAAGCCGUCGGCGCGAAAGUUCCAGCCCCAUCAGCGACGCAUCGUCGGAUUCCGGAUAUGCAACCAUCGAAACGGAGAAAAGCACACCUGCAGACGCAAACACGCGCGUUGUCGAGUACGCUCGUGGACGUGAAAUGGAGCUACAACGCUUCUUUGCCGAAGUCGACCCUCUCGCCCCACUUUCCCUUUGGUUCAUCGCUACCGAAGGCUUGAAUGGUGAUGCGUCUCUCGGAUUUACACGUUCCAUUCGUAGGGAGUACCGUUCUUGGAAGGUCCGCGAUGUCGUCUUCGAUUCGUCAUGGUCCUCAGAGGAGAGGCAAGCAGCACUCCGUCAGUUGGCUGCUGACCCCAACUGUGAAGAGGAGCUUUCCAUCGAUGCAGAUGGCCACGUCUUCGCACCGAGGAUCGUAGGAUCUGCACCUCCGACAGACCAGGCACCCUUCGAGGCAGGCCAACCCUGGGUAUACGAGAAGUCUAGAUCUAUUCUCAAGCAAAUCUCCACCCCACAUGUUCCCGAAGACCACGUUCUGGUAAACGUGACUGGCAUUGCGCAGAGGUACGGUGACGCCUGGUCUUUCAUCGGCAGAGCUGCAGGCAUGAAGCGCCCCGUUGCCGGUAUCACUUUCGGCGAACUCUCAAAUGUUGUCGUUGCGCACGUCGGAAGCCUCGUAGAGAUCGUGGCACAGGAUGAUCUUGCUCCUCACAUCUUCGCAGACGUCUUAGCCGUACUGGCCGUUGGACCCGCAACCUUCGUUCAGCCCAGUCGUCUUCGCAAUUCGACUAUCGUCGUGACCCAUGCGGACUCCUCGUUGGGUAGCGAGAUCGCUGCCAUCUAUGGACGUCUAGGACUACAUGUUCUCAAGCUGACGAGCACAGCUACCCUAUCAGACGUUCGACAUGUCGCAUCGCAAAACCCCAAGGUGAUCGUCUCCGGCUCGGACGGAUCUGUUGAGAACGCACUUCUCAACGAGCUCCUUCACCGAUCCGACUAUGGCGCCUUCGUAUGGGACGAUUCGCGACAUGGACUGAAGAGGCACCUGGACAACAACCCGUGGUCCGUUGGCGAUGCACUCCGGUGUGCGAUGGAAACUCAGCCGGGAGUCUCGGGGCCGGUUCACAAGCCACUGGAACUGGUUGGAACACGUCCGACUGAAGAAGUCCCACUCGCGACCGACCUCUUCGAUGAGAAGAAGACAUAUUUGCUCAUCGGUGGCAUCGGAAGUUUGGGAUUGCAGAUCGCGCUCUGGAUGUAUGAGCAAGGCGCACGCUCCAUUAUAAUCACCUCCCGGUCGGGACGCGAGUCUCUGACUCGGAAAGCUGAAUUCAUAUCACUCCGACUGCUCGCCUAUCUCGAGUCACUCCCGGAUCUUGCGUUGCGCGUAGAGUCCGUCGACGCGACGUCUUCAGUUGCGAUGCGCGCACUGCUCUCCAACCUGGACCAUCCGCUGGGCGGCUGCAUGAUCCUUAGUGCCGCUAUGGUCGACCGUACAUUCGCGAUGCAGACGCACGAGUCAUUCGAGGUGUCUGUGGCGGCCAAGGUUGGUGUGUUCCAGGUGCUCGAGAAGUUGCUCGACGGAAAGGAAGGGAUCGAGAAGCUCGAGUUUGUCGUCGCAACCUCUAGUGUCUGUGGCUUGUUCGGCAAUGCUGGUCAGACAAACUAUGCAUGUGCGAAUACAGGUCUAACAGGCUUGGUCGGCAAGUACAACAACGGCUGCACUAUCGUCGCACCCUUCAUUCUGGAUACCGGCCUCCACGUGUCCAUCUCCACGACGGACAUUGUCUACUGGACGCGCUUUAAACAUCUCCAUAGCUGGGGCAUGACUGGCUGGGAACUCUGCGAGCAUAUCGGCGAUGCCAUCAAGAAGAUUCGCUCAGGGCCCACCAUCCGCGCUGCGCAGUACAUCCCCGCCUUCGACUGGGCAGCCGUACAGUCGAAUCUCGGGCAUUCUCCGCUAUACGACGCGCUCGUUCCCGAGUCUGAGUCGGAGGGUGCACAGGAGGAUAGUGCCGACGUUUCGAUCGCUGCCAUCGUCUGCCGUGUACUCGACAUCGUCCCGGGCGACCUGAACGCAGAAGUCCCUCUGACGUCAUACGGCCUCGACUCGCUGAGUGCGGCCUCACUGUCGCACGCGCUGCGUGACGCCGUCGCGGUCAGCCAGAUCCAGCUCCUCGCCGAUCUAACUGUCGUGGAUCUGGAAAAGCGGAGAGAGGAGGCGCUCGAGAAUGGCGCGGGAGAGCAGGCGAGCAGCGGGCAGGAGCAGAUGGGUCCGAAGGAGAAGGAGAUGCUGGCGAUGCUGGAGCGCUACGGGAAGGACCUGCCGCUCCGCGAACCCGCCAACGAGGAGAUAGAGAUGAAGAAGGUCGUCCUCGUGACGGGCACCACUGGGAGCGUCGGGGCCCACCUGCUAGUGCACCUGCUGCAGGGCACUCAGUUCGACAAGGUGUACAUACUCGUCCGCAAAGGCGCGUACGGUCAAACCGCGAAGGCUAGGCAGAAGACAGCGCUAGAGGCGAGAGGACUGGACGUAGCUGUCGUAGAGAUGGACAGGCUGGGCGUGCUCGAGGGUGACCUUCUUGCGUACCAACUUGGAUUGGGCGCGGAGGUCUAUGCGGAGCUGGCACAGACUGUCACGCAUGUCAUCCAUCUCGCCUGGCCGAUCGACUUCGGCACGCCGCUUGCGAACUUCGAAUCUGCCAUCGCUGGUCUCCGCAAACUGCUCGACUUCUCGAUGGCCUCCCGCUCGCAGUCCCGCAUGCGUCUGCUGUUCGCAAGCACGGCGGGCAUCUUCCGACGCAUCGCUUCCAAAGACCCUGUUCCCGAGGAGCUCGUGGACAACCCUUCCGUGGCGGUCGGAACCGGUUACAGCGAGUCUAAGUGGAUCGCAGAGCAGAUGCUGCAGAGGGCCGCUGAGAGCAACAUCUGCCAGCCCUCCAUCGUCCGACUCGGGCAGCUGAGCGGAGGCGCGAACGGCGCGUGGCGGACAACCGAGUGGAUCCCGUCCAUGGUCACUGCGAGUCUUGCGCUCGGCUGUCUGCCCGAUGGCUCGGGGGAUGCUACCUGGAUCCCCGUCGACGCCUCCGCGGCCGCGAUGCUCGACUUCGUCGACACGCCCGCUCGCGUUCUCCACAUCCAACACCCGCGCCCCGUCUCCUGGACCUCGGUGAUGCAGCACUUCUCGUCGGCGCUCAACCUCCCGCUCGCCCCGUAUGCCGAGUGGUUCGCCCGACUUGAAUCAGGGUUGUCGUUCACGUCGGACCCGUCCUCGACGCAGUACCUCGAGCGCGGUCUGCGGCUGCUCGACAUCCUCCGCCUCCCUCUUGUUGCUGACCCAGGUAACCCACGACCGGAUGUGAUGAACGCGCUGGUGCACGGUAUGGACCUCAAGAAUGCGCUGGAGGCCUCUGCGACGCUCAAGGAUCCGGGGCUGCCUGGCAUUGUGCGUGAGGACGUUGAUCGUUGGAUUGCGUACUGGCACAGCGUUGGGUAUCUGCCGAAGUAAAUUUACCGCGUGUGGUGCUGUCGAUGUCGAUGAAUUUGUGUCAUGUUGUGUCGUAGUUUCGUUGGAUGUUUCCAGAAGCUGUAUGACGACGUAGAUUGUACGAUGUACUCCUGUCUCCAGUAACACUGUCGUAUUGAAUAUUGUUCC